AUUGUAACAUGGUCCAAAACUAAUUGGGUCACGGCCCAAUGUAUUGCCAAACAGAGUUGGUUGGUUGGUCAAGGUCAACCAUGUCAGCCGACAAUCAAAAUUUGAACUCUCAAAAAGUCACCGCCAAGUUUCCCUCUCAAACCAAAUGCGUAACUGCACCAGCCAAUCGUUUGCGAAAAUGUCCCAGAGAAGUUCCGCCACGGACGCACGGACACCCACUAAUCUCCGCAGAUCCCCGAGGUUUCUCCUUUGCAAGAACUCGUCAGAACCGCCAGGCCAGAGUGCUCGCGACUCCAAGUGCAGCAAGCGUCACCCGGAUGCUCCUCUCAACUCAGCGAAGCACGAUUCUUGGGAUAGGACUUCGAAGAGUUGUACACAGAAUGUUUCGAAGAAAUUGAUUAGAUCAACUUCUGGGUCGAGAGAUGGCGUGAGUUCGACUACCGGGUCGCGGAGAUCUCCGAGAAUCAACCGUCUGCCUGAUGCCGCUUUUACUCUCAGGCGAUCACCUAGGUUUUCAAUUGGAAGGGAAGAGAAUGAAUUGACGGAGUUUAAGGUUUUGUCUGAUGGAAGAAAAUCGAGCAAACGUGUCACUGGUGAAUGUGAGGAUAAGAAGGUCUUUCAGGCUUCAAAGGAGAGAACCUUGGAGAAUGACAAGAGAAUGACUCGAGUGGGUGUUGAAGGUUUGAAGAAAGAUAGUAAGACUAAGGAGGUCUUAGUUGAUGGAGAAAGAGUGGAAAUUGUGCUAGUGGAUACUUACACUAGCGGCUACAAGAAGAGGAUCAGGAGGAGUUUUAUUAGUCCUGCGAAGGAAUCCCCAAAUGCCGCUGAAGAAAAAAGAAAAGUGGAUGCACCUUCACCUGAGCUAAAACGGCGGACAAGGAGGAAUUCUAUUGGUUCUCUGAAUGAAUCUAUGAAUAAGUGUGUGUUAUCUGAUGGAGCAAAGGCACAAUUGGGCAUGAAGUCGAGUGAGAGAGAGAUCGAGAAGCACAGUAGCAAAAGGGAGAUUGUCAUUGGUUUGAUGAAUGGACAUAUGAACAAGAAGUUUCUUGUAAAUGGAAAGAAGGGUAAACUGGACAUGGAGUCAUAUGCCGAUAUGGUUGCUAAUUGUAAUAGAACUAGGAGCAAUGGAAGUCCUGGAGUGGGGAAAUCCGACCAUGAAGAGAGGAAAGGGACAAAAGGAUGUAAAAGAAAUGAAGACGUUGGGUUUUCAAGGAAGAUAAAGCAUGGUGAAGAAGGUAUCAGGGUGGAUCAAAGGUGGACAAAGGAGCAGGAAUUGGCGUUGCAGAGAGCAUACUUCACUGCAAAGCCUACUCCCCUUUUCUGGAAGAAGGUUUCAAAACUGGUGCCUGGGAAGUCUGCACAAGAAUGCUUUGAUAAGGUCCAUUCAGAGCUUGUAACACCAUCUGCACCUCAGCCUCGUACAAGGAACAAGAAGUUAAAUUCUUCACCUGUUGAACAUUUUUCACUCUCUGCAAGCAAACUGCUCAAAUCCCCUGAACUAAAUUCUAAAAGGUAUAGCUGCAAGAAACGGAAGAGCCAGCUCCCGCAGAAAACUGUUAGACAGUUACUAGAAAAGCAUUUUAGUGUAAGCCACACUUGUGAAGCGGAUCUAUUUUCUGUUCUUGAACCCAACGCAGAAUUACCUAGUCAAGCUUCGCCAAAUAGUUCUUUUUCGACUCCAAAGGGCUUACAGGAAAAACAGGGAUUUCUUCAAAAUUGUAAUGACGGAAUUUCUGGCCGCAAGAGACCGUUUUCAAGAUAUUGCAGUUUAUCUACAGCAGCACUUGUAAGCCCUCCAGUUCUGAAACCGGUGAAAAACAAGGCCUUGCAUGAGAAGUAUAUUGAUCAGUUACAUUGCAGGGAAGCCAAGAGAAAAGCAGAACCUGCAAUAGCAGGAAAAUUCAUGUCUGGCAAAGAGAAUAGAAGACCUAUUAAUGUUCAAGAAAUCAAUGUGGUUGAAGCUGCCAAGAAUGCGGUUUCUGAUGUGAGAGAUGUUAUUAGUCAGCUGCAAAGCUUACAGACUAAUGCUGUGAGCAAGUCUUUGGAUUCUGAUUAUGAGAACGACGAUACUGAUGGUGACAGAGAUGAACUAGACCUUUAACCAAAUGUUGUUGUAGGAAAAACCUGUUACUAACAAGAUAACACACAAAUUUGUAGCUAUAGGGACCCUUGAUCUGUAGUUUUUUGCAAAUUCACUAUUGGAAAUCGUGCUUCACUGUUUUCCCAUGCUGAUUUGAUGGGAAUCCUGCUUCAAAUUCUUUUGUUGUUAGCUAGCUUAUGAUACCAUCCUGGAUUGGAUUAUUGGACUGAUACUAUUUGCCAGUGCUGGCUAAAUUAAAUACUAUUUUGAGGGGGGCCUCUGUGGUGGGGAAGGAAGAAUGGACGGGAGAGACUUUUAUCUGGGGGACACUAAUGUGGAUGUCAAUGUCAAAGCAGAACCUGUUGAUAAUUGUUCUGUUGGCAUAUGAUCCCUACUGUAAGAACAAACAAAAAUUUCCUGUAUUGAAUAAUUUCAAACCUCUCUCCAAUUCAAUGCCCGUUCCAAAUCGGAGGAGAACAUGAUUAACUUUUCUCUUUUAUCACAGCUUAAUUUUAGCAGGACUAUGUUUGCGCAAUCUGUCAAACUUAUGACCUCCAUCCAGAGGUGAAAGUUCUUGGCUACUGGAAGAAGGCAAGUUCCCUAACUUUUCUUUUUUCUUUGGGAGAGAGGAAUUUGAGCCUUCAAUUUGAAGUUAUAGUUAAGAAACCUUUACCUUUCUCCAACUUACACCUACUAACAAGUUUUCAUAAUAUGGAAGGAUGGAAAUGAUUCCUUAGAGGACCGCAGUACUUGAACUGUUAUUGGGGCUUUUUGCACUUAGCUUUGCUCUGUUAUCUGCUAAUUACGUGAUUUGCAAAUUGAGUUUUUGAAAAUGAAGGAAUAUUAAAAUGUGAUAAUAGUAGGUAAAAUGGAUUAGUAAGCUUCAUUGGGAAAGUAAUAAGAUUUUCCUUGUGGGACUGAAAAUUUUGUAUGAUUAUGAAAGGAAAA